AGUCCUCAGGCACUCCAGUGUUGUCACAUUGUGUGUUUGGGGGAGAGGCAGGCUCUCACAGGGUGUGAUCUCAUUGGAGUCCCUCCAGCUCCCUGACUCAAACCUACUUUAAUCUUCCCUGCUGCCUCUCAGCGAAAUGCAACCACUAUUGUCAGACUCACAAAGUUUCACUUCCUGGCUGGGCUUCGCUUUGCAUUAUAGAAUUUGUUAGCCGCCCACUUGUUUCUCUUUGCUUUGGGUCUCUUUAUAGGGCAUUUUUUUGUUUUGUUGUCACGUCCUGUUUGGAGGCAGAGAGAUAGAAGGUAACAGAUUGUGGAAGAGGACUCUGCAGAGUACUGAAAGGCAGAACUUUCACUGGAGGGGUUUCAGAACUAGAUACAGGCUGUCGCAGAGCCAGUAUGAGUGAAGAGAACAAGGAGUGGGCAAUUUUGAGCCCGGAGGAGUUCACCCAACUGCAGAAGUACAUUGAUUACAUCCCUAGGAAGGUUCAAGAUGUUCUGCAGGACUUCAGUGGGGAUGGUACAUCGCGCCAUCUUUUGUCGGGAGAGUCAAUAGAUUUUGAGGGAUUCAAGUCUUUUAUGAAAACUUACUUGGAAGUAGAUGACCUAUCCUCUGACCUCUGUGAGCGGCUCUUCAUGUCUUUCCAAACAGUCCCAAGUCAAGGCAGUACUAGCAAUGAAACCCAUGUGGAUGGUAACAAAGAAAAUCUCCAAGUUAGCCUGAAUGAUGUCUCCUGCUACUUUUCAUUACUGGAAGGGGGUACAGCAGAGGACAAGCUCAAAUUCACCUUUAAACUGUAUGAUAAAGAUGGAAACGGACUACUGGACAGCUCUGAGGUGGAUCGCAUUAUCACACAAAUGAUGCGAGUGGCUGAGUAUCUGGACUGGGAUAUCACUGAACUCAAACCGAUGCUAGAAGAGAUGAUGAGACAAGUGGACACCGAUAAUAAUGGAAUUGUCUCCUAUGAAGAAUGGCUAAAAGGAGGACUGACCACUGUGCCUCUGCUAGUGCUGUUGGGAAUGGAAGUUAAUAUAAAGGAUGAUGGCCAACACUUAUGGCGUCUGAAGCAUUUUAAUCGUCCUGUGUACUGUAAUGUUUGCGAGGCGUUACUUUUUGGAGUCAGGAAGCAAGGUCUCUGCUGCACUUUCUGUAAAUUCACCGUACAUGAGAGAUGUGCUCGCAAAGCGCCUAAUUCCUGCAUCAGCACAUAUGCUAAAUCUCGGAAGGAUGCCAGUACCCAGGCCCAUGUUUGGGUGAAAGGAGGUUGCGAGGCAAGCAAGUGCGACAAAUGUCAGAAAAAAAUAAAAAGCUUCCAAAGUCUUACUGGUCAACGCUGUGUGUGGUGUCACGUAAAGGUUCACGAUGAUUGUGCUCAACUUGUUGCAUCACGGUGUGAUGGAGGAGCACUGAAAGACCAUAUAUUACCUCCUGCUUCUAUAUACCCAGUUAUACUGGAACGGCAAAAUAGCCAGAAGAACCUAUUAGGUCCCUCAGAGGAAACAUCACAAGCAUUCAGCACAUCAGAAGGGCAGGCAUUGCGUGUGGUCCCUAUACCAGAUACCCACCCAUUGCUUGUGUUUGUCAACCCAAAGAGCGGAGGGAAACAGGGUGAAAGAGUUUUAAGGAAAUUUCAGUAUCUGCUGAACCCAAGGCAGGUCUAUAACCUUGGAAAGGGAGGGCCAGCCCCAGGACUUAAUUUUUUCCGUGAUGUACCUGAUUAUCGUAUAUUGGUGUGCGGUGGGGAUGGAACAGUUGGUUGGAUCUUAGAUGCUAUUGACAAAAACAACCUUCCUCUGAGACCGCCUGUAGCUGUGCUGCCCCUUGGCACUGGGAAUGACCUUGCAAGAUGUCUGAGAUGGGGAGGAGGAUAUGAUGGCGAAAAUCUGGGAAAGUUCUUAAAGGACAUAGAGAUUAGUACAAUUCUGCAGAUGGACCGGUGGAACAUUGAAGUUGUCCCUGAAAACCCCACAGAGAAAGGGGAUCCUGUUCCCUAUGAGAUCAUAAACAAUUACUUCUCUAUUGGAGUGGAUGCAUCCAUCGCUCAUCGAUUCCAUGUUCUGAGAGAGAAAUAUCCUGAAAAAUUCAACAGCAGAAUGAAGAACAAGUUGUGGUAUUUUGAGUUUGCUACAUCAGAGACUGUUUUCUCAACGUGCAAGAAACUAAAAGAGUACGUUACAAUCGAGUGCUGUGGUUCUGCGCUGGAUCUCAGCUCCGUGUCUCUGGAAGGAAUUGCUGUAAUCAAUAUUCCAAGCAUGCAUGGGGGCUCCAACCUGUGGGGAGAAACUAGGAAACCUCUGGGAGAAGCUCGCAAUGCAUCAUGUCAAAACCUGCCAGAGGUUAUCACUGACCCAGAUGUUCUGAAAUCCUGUGUACAAGACCUCAGUGACAAAAGGCUGGAGGUGGUUGGUCUGGAGGGAGCCAUGGAAAUGGGCCAGAUCUAUACAGGACUGAAAAGUGCAAGGAAAAGAUUAGCGAAAUGUUCAGAGAUUACUAUAAGAACUACAAAGCCACUUCCAAUGCAGAUUGAUGGAGAGCCUUGGAUGCAGCCGCCAUGUACGAUUACAAUCACUCACAAGAAUCAAGCUCCAAUGCUGCUGGGUCCUCCACCGCGCUCAUCAAGCUUCUUUUCCCUUAAAUAAGCAGGGUCAUUUAUGGAAACCCCAGAAAGUAAAUGAAACACCAAUAAGUCCAUGGAUCACCUGUAAUAUCUUAUCACCACAGCUUCACGCUACAGUCACCAAGCUG